AUGACCGCUUCGAACGCGACAGCAGCCCAUAAUGUGGACUACGACGCGGUGAUCAUCGGGGCAGGUUUUGCCGGCCUGUACCAGCUGUACAAGCUGCGCGACCGUCUCGGCCUUAACGUGCACCUCUUCGAGAAAGGAAGUGGGGUCGGAGGGACAUGGUUUUGGAACAAAUACCCUGGCGCGAUGAGCGACACGGAGAGCCCGUUCUACCGCUACUCGUUUGACGACGACUUCCUCGCCGACUGGGACUGGCAGAGGAAGUACAUCGACCAGCCGGACAUCCUGGCAUACCUCGAGGAGACGGUGCGGCGGUUCGACCUAGGCCGCAACAUCAAGCUCAACACCGAGGUGACGGGCAUGGUGUGGUCUGAUGAUGGCCACUGGAGUGUGCGCACGGCCGAUGGGCGUACCGUGACGUCGACGUAUGUCGUCACGGCGCUCGGCUUGUUGAGUGCGACCAACUGGCCCGCGAUCCCUGGGCUGGGCGACUUCAAGGGGCGCCUCGUCCACACGGCCGAGUAUCCUGACGAUCUCGACAUUGCGGGCAAGCGCGUCGGUAUUAUCGGCACGGGCUCGACCGGGUGCCAGUUCAUUGUGGCUUCCGCGCCAGUCGUCGAGAAACUCACCGUCUUCCAGCGUUCGCCGCAGUAUUCGGUGCCGAGCGGGAAUGGACCAGUCGAGGAGGGCGAGGUGGAUGGAUACAAGGCGCGGUGGGGCGAGAUCCUUCCGCAGAUCCGCGAGUCUGCCGUCGCGUUCGGCUUCAAGGAAAGCACUGUGCCGACCAUGUCCGUAUCGGCCGAGGAGCGCGAACGCGUGUUCCAGCAGGCAUGGGACCGUGGAAACGGCUUCUAUUACAUGUUUGGCACAUUUUGUGACCUUGCCACAGACUCAGAGGCCAACGAGGCCGCGGCAGCAUUCAUCCGCAAGAAGAUCAAGGAGACUGUCAAGGAUCCAGCGACGGCGGAGCGGCUCACUCCGCUCACACCGUACGCCAAGCGCCCGCUGUGCAACCACGAGUAUUAUGAGGUGUACAACCGCUCCAACGUCGAGCUCGUGAGCAUCCGGGAGGACGACACGCCAAUCGAGCGCGUCACAGCGCGUGGGGUACUCACAUCAGACGGGCGGGAACAUGCGCUCGAUGUGCUGGUCCUCGCGACGGGGUUCGAUGCCGUCGAUGGCAACUAUCGCAAGCUGGACCUCUGGGGACGGCAGCAUAUCAACAAGCACUGGGACCCGGCGCCGACGUCGUACAUGGGUAUCAUGACGGCUGGGUUCCCCAACAUGUUCAUGGUGGUCGGACCGAACGGGCCGUUCGUCAACAUUGUCGCCGGCAUCGAGGUGCAGGUCGAGUUCAUCACGCGCCUCGUGCAAGCCGCCGAGGUGAGGGGGAAAAUAGUCGAGGCCACAAAGGAAGCCGAAGACGCAUGGACUGAGACGUGUAAGACUAUUGCGGAGAUGACGCUGUUUGCCAAGGAGCAGAGCUGGAUCUUCGGCGCCAAUAUUCCUGGUAAACGUCACUCGGUGCUGUUCUACCUCGGUGGCCUCAAGAAUUACCGCGACUGUCUCGAGACGUCGGUACGGAACGGGAUGCAGGGCUUUGCCUUUCCCAACGAGACUACAGUGGGGAGCAAGGUGGAGGCGGCCGUGUCGGAGAGCAAGGAUGGCGAGGCAGAGCACAUCGAGGUUGCACCUGCGCAGGUGACUUAG